UUUGCUUAGGCAGGCAGCUCAAAGUUCUGCUCACCUGCUCUUCUAACAGGGGGGAGGAAACGCACGCUCAGAGGGGGAAGGAAGAGCAGACUUGCUCAAAGGAACCUGCUUGGCUCAAUCUCAGGAAGUGAUGUGGCUUUAGAACUCCAUUUUUCACGAUGAUGUCCGGACUGCCAGAGGCCCUGAGCCGGCUGAGGGCAAAUUCACUUCGCAGCUGCUUCAGCCUGGCAGGGCCCUCUGAGUCCACCAUGGUGGCCGUGCCCAUUGACAUCGACAAGGAUGAAGUGCGCAUCCUUAAGGUAUGCUUCCACAGCAACAGCUUCAACAUGGGCAAGAACUUCAAGCUAGUGAAAUGCACCGUCACCACGGAGAUCCGGGAAGUGAUCAAAUCAAUCCUGCUGAGCGGGAGGAUCGGUCCGGACAUCCAGCUGGCCGAGUGCUAUGGAUUACGCCUAAAACAUGUGAAAUCUGAUGAGAUCCAUUGGCUUCACCCAGACCUGACAGUCGGUGAAGUCCAGGAAAAGUAUGAAUGCCUGCACAUUGAAGCCGAGUGGAGGUACGACCUCCAGAUUCGCUACCUCCCUGAAGACUAUAUGGAGCGCUUCCAAGAGGACCGGACAACGCUUCUGUACUUCUAUCAGCAGCUCCGGAGCGAAUACAUGCAGCUUUACGCUAGUAAAGUGAGUGAGGGGAUGGCCCUUCAGCUAGGCUGCUUGGAGCUCAGGAGGUUCUACAAGGACAUGCCUCACAAUGCCCUCGACAAGAAGUCCAACUUUGAAUUCCUAGAGAAGGAAGUGGGGCUGGAUCUCUUCUUCCCAAGGCAAAUGCAGGAGAACUUGAAGCCCAAGCAAUUCCGCAAGAUGAUUCAGCAGACAUUCCAGCAGUAUGCCCUUCUGCGGGAAGAAGAGUGCAUUAUGAAGUUCCUUGGGACCCUCUCCACUUUUGCCAACAUCGACCAGGAAAGCUACCGCUGCGAGCUGAUUCAAGGAUGGAACAUUACAGUAGAUCUGGUGAUUGGGCCUAAGGGCAUCCGGCAGAUGACCAGUAAGGAAGCCAAGCCCACAUGCCUGGCUGAGUUCAAACAGAUAAAAUCCAUAAAAUGUUCUGCUGUGGAGGAAGGCAGAGCCCUGCUGCAGCUCGGACUUACUGGGAACCCCCAGUCCCUGACGAUCAAGACAUACUCCCUUGCGGAGGCAGAGAACAUGGCCAACUUGAUAGACGGUUACUGCAGGUUGCAGGGGGGCUUGGAGAACAGGUCUCUCAUCAUCCGGCCCAACAGAGAGAAUGAGAAGAGGGUCAGCCUGCCCCAAGUCCCAAUCCAGCACAUAGAAGACAGAAGAUCUACGCUGACAGAGAGCAUCAGUGUAGAUUCAGAUAUUUAUGCUGAGAUUCCAGAUGAAGCAUCCCGGCCCAAAUCUGGAGCAAUGCAGUACGUGAUUUCUCAGGAAGAUGUGGUUCUGGGCCGGAUCCUGGGAGAAGGCUUCUUUGGAGAGGUCUACGAAGGAAUUUACACUAAUGAGAGCGGGGAGCGAAUGGGCGUGGCUGUGAAGACCUGCAAGAAGGACUGCACUGCAGAAAACAAGGAGAAGUUCAUGAGUGAAGCUAUGCUGAUGAAGAAGAUGGACCACCCACAUAUUGUGAAGCUCAUUGGGAUCACUGAAGAGGAUCCAACAUGGAUUGUGAUGGAGCUGUAUCCUUACGGAGAGCUGGGACACUACCUUGAGCAGAACAAGGCUUCCCUGAAAGUACUCACCCUCAUCCUGUACACCUUGCAGGUUGGCAAGGCCAUGGCUUACCUGGAGGCCAUCAACUGUGUGCAUAGGGAUAUUGCUGUCAGAAACGUACUGGUAGCUUCGCCCGAAUGUGUCAAGUUGGGAGAUUUUGGCCUCUCCCGAUACAUUGAGGAUGAUGAGUACUACAAAGCUUCGGUGACUCGCCUGCCCAUCAAAUGGAUGGCACCUGAGUCAAUCAACUUCCGCCGCUUCACCUCUGCCAGCGAUGUGUGGAUGUUUGCCGUUUGCAUGUGGGAAAUCCUCAGCUAUGGCAAACAGCCCUUCUUCUGGCUGGAGAACAAAGACGUGAUCGGGGUGCUGGAGAAGGGGGACCGCCUACCCAAGCCUGAUGCCUGCCCACCUGUCCUGUACACUCUGAUGACUCGUUGCUGGGAUUACGACCCCAGUGACAGGCCCAAGUUUAAGGAACUCGUCUGCAGCUUGAGUGACAUUUACCAGAUGGAGAAGGAGAUUGUCCGGGAACAAGAGAGGAACAACCGCCACCGCCCUCCCAAAAUCAUGGAGCCCACCUCUUUCCAGGAGCCCCCUCCAAAGCCCAGCAGACCAAAGUACAAGCCACCUCCUCAAACCAACCUACUGGCUCCCAAGCUGCAGUUCCAGGUGCCCGAGGGUCUGUGUGCCAGCUCGCCAACGCUCACCAGUCCCAUCGAGUACCCAUCACCCGUCAACUCCCUGCACACCCCACCGCUCAACAGGCACAACGUCUUCAAGCGUCACAGCAUGAGGGAGGAAGACUUCCUCAGGCCCAGCAGCCGAGAAGAGGCCCAGAAGCUUUGGGAGAUGGAGCGGGCCAAGAUGAGGCAGCUUCUUGACAAGCAACAGAAGCAGAUGGCGGAAGAUUAUCAAUGGCUGAGGCAGGAGGAGAAAGCUCUGGACCCCAUAACCUCUAUGAACAGUGACUCCUCUCCCCCAAAACUUCCUGAUAAGGAGACAGGCUACAAUGGUUUAGCUGAGUUUACAGGGGCCCCCAAGAAACCACCCAGAUUUGUACCUCAGAUGUCACUUCAGCCAACUCCAACAGCCAACCUAGAUCGGACGGAUGAUACUGUAUACAGUGAUGUUAUGGACUUGGUGAAGGCUGUUUUGCAUCUUAAGAACGAGGUCAGCAACCAUCCACCAGAGCGGUACAUCCUCGUUGUGAAGAAUGUGGGUCUCUCUCUUCGGAAGCUCAUUGGGAGCGUAGAUGACAUCCUUCCGGCUUUGCCCGCAUCUUCACGCAAUGAGAUUGAGGGUACACAGAAACUUCUAAAUAAGGACCUUGCUGAACUGAUCAACAAGAUGCGUUUGGCUCAGCAGAAUGCCGUCACCUCUCUGAGCGAGGAGUGCAAGCGCCAGAUGCUGACUGCCUCCCACACUCUGGCCGUGGAUGCAAAGAAUCUCCUGGACGCUGUAGACCAAGCCAGGGUGCGAGCUAACCUGGUGAAGGUCUCUUUUGAGUGACUGAGAGAGAGAUGGCCUUUAAAAAAAAAAACCUAUACAUAUAUAAAAACAACCGCCAUCUUCCCUGUCCCCCGUACCACAAAAACGCUCGUGUCUUUGAUUUUGUCACGUCCGUCUUCUGAGAACAAAGGAGGCGACUCCUAAGAGAAGCCAUGCUCAGGGCAGGGAAGAGACUUUUGUCUUCUUGCGUCCUACAGAACGUGCUGCUAAAGGGGGUGGGAUUACUUGUAUUAAAGACCCUAGUCCUCUGGUCAGGAAUACUUAAAGCCUCUCAAUGGGGCUUUUUGAACCUGCGUCAAUAGUGUCAUCACAGAAAGUGGGUUCCUAUAUUACGUUCUGCUUCAUUUUGGAUAUCUGUGACAGUAAGAGGUACCGUCCAUCUGGUUGGCGAAGCGGAUCCAAAGCAGAUGUGGGUGGGGUGGCUUGUGAGCCCCACAUGGUUCUCAGGGUAAGCUAGAGAAGAGCGGGUGAAAUAGUUAAAACCUUGGUUGCUCCAAGGUUUUAAUGGCCUACUGGGAGAAGGAGACUCGCUAAGCCAUUCUCCAUGACUCUUGAUUGGAGAAAUUUCCCAUUGGGAUAUAUGUUCAUUGGAAAAGACUAUUUUGCUUCUUUGUACAUUGUAUAGAACAAAUUUAUUUAACAACUAACUUUGUGAAGCCCCCCCCCCCUCUCCCAUCCUUCCUUUUUUUUUCCUUCUCACUCCUGCUUCCCAAACUUAAUUUGAGACAAACCAUUAUAGGGGGAAAAUGGAUUUCUGAAUGAUGUAUAUCUGAAAGGGAUAUAGGGGAAAAAAUUAAAUGUGAAAUUUCAAAUACAAAUGACCCAAUGUAAAUUAGUCAAACUAAUUUUUUUGGCAGAGUUUUUAAAAAAAUUAAACUGACCUUGCAACCUUUAAACUCAGGCUUCAUUAUGAAACAUAAGUUUCAUAGAAAUCAUUACAUUUGAAGCCAUUCAUUCUUUUUUUAAAAAAACUGUUUCGAAUGCAGGAUUCCCUCUCCUUGAAAUUUCAAGCCCAUGUGCUUUUUUUUGUGUGCCUAAGAACUAGAGUUGCUUUUCUUUUCUCAAAGAAAAGGCCUGAAGUGAGGGCAGCAAAGCUGACCUGAGCUUCUUUGUAAUAUUAUCUUGUAUGUUAAAAAAGGUAACUGCGCCAGAAUCCUUUCUGUUUAAUAUGAUUUGUUGGUUUUAAACUGAACAUUGUAUGGUUAUGUUGGCUCUUGCCAAACUCAUCUUAACAAAGCUGUUAUUUUUGCCUGAGAUAAAUGAG